AUGUCUGAAACUUAUGAUAUGUACGACGAGUUUGAUUGUAUUGUCGAAGAAGGAGCCAAGACAAUGGAGGUGAAAGAAGAAGAAGAAGAUUCGGAGACUAAUUAUGAUGCUUUGGAAAGUGAUGAUGAUCAAUCAGCAGGAAAUGAAACAGUGGUGAAAACUGAAGAACAGGAUGAAUCUGCAAUUGAUAUGUUCGAUGAUGAGUUUCAUGCGAUUAUGGAACAGGAUUUUUCUGCAAAAACAAAUGCCAAUGAAACGAGUGAAGCAGUGAUGGUCGAGGAAGAACACGAAACGGAUUCAGAUGCCACUGAAAUUGAUGAUGAUGAUCAUUCAGCAGUCAGUGAACCUCAGCAAAACACCGAACCAGUGGUCAACCGUAGCCCGAGGAGUGCAACUGGGGAACAACAGCGGAGCCGUCGUCGUAGACGAGCUAAGAAGAGCCACAAGUGUCAGCAGUGCGACAAAAGCUUUGAUUGUCCAUCUUAUCUUAAACGACACCAAAUAGUGCACACUGGCAUUAAAGCUUACCAGUGCCCAACAUGCUCCAAA